GGGAAACCGCCCGUCAGUGAGCGGCGCUCGCCAUUGGUCGAAGCGGCGGGCGGGGCGGGCCGGCAGGCAGCCGAGGGGAUGGAGGGCGGCGAGACGGGUGGCGGCGGUCUGCUGCAGCAGAUCCUCAGCCUCCGCCUGGUGCCCCGCGUCGGCAACGGCACCACCUACUCCAGCCCGCUGUCCACCUUCCCAGAGAUGUGGUACGGCGUCUUCCUGUGGGCCCUCGUCUCCUCGCUCUCCUUCCACGUCCCCGCCGCCCUGCUCGCUCUCUUCACCCUCCGGCACCACAAGUACGGCAGGUUCAUGUCCGUCAGCCUCCUGCUGAUGGGCAUCGUGGGACCCAUCACCGCCGGCAUCCUGACAAGUGCAGCUAUUGCUGGAGUUUACAGAGCCGCUGGGAAAAAAAUGAUUCCUUUUGAAGCCCUCAUUUUUGGAGUGGGUCAGACGUUCUGUGUGGUGGUAGUUUCAUUCCUGCGGAUUUUGGCCACUCUCUAGCUUUCCUUCAGAUGCUGGUGAUUGAAAAUGGAAGGGAAGCAAAGCAUCUGCAGCAUGCCUGGUGUCUGUGAAGCCAGUAACGAGGGAGCACAACUUGGAUGGCACCUUGGCGUGCGUUUCCUUCCCACUACAAAGCUGCAUGAAGGCUGUUCCUGCCUCAGGCUGGUGGCAGGGCUCCCUGACUGUGAGAAGCAGGAUUUUCCUUGCAUAGCCUGGCCUGAAGGGCUGCAUGCCACAGACAUGGUGGGGAGAACGUGCUUUCUGUAACUUAUCUUGCUCAUAUAGCAACCAUAACAUCCAAGUUAGUUCUCCUCCAGCACUGCUGAAGCUGUGUCACCAGCCCUGAGUGAGCGCCGGCAGCCAGGCUCUGGUGCUGACUGCUGGCCACAGCACGCCACUAAAUGGGGCUGCAGUCUGCUUCAGAAAUUGAGAUGAAAAUCAUUCAUUUCGUUACGUUUUUGUAACGCUAAGUGCCAAGUGAAACUUUGUUUUCCUGGAGGAUGGGCAGAGGGCUCUGGCAGAGUCUUGCUGACCUCUUGUGGGUGACAAAUUGUAGCAACAGAAUAACUGAACUGCUGGGGGUGAGAAUAUGGCAGCAGGUGGUGUGAUGUGUUCAGAGCUCACUUAAGUCUUUGACUUCUUCCCACUUUGCAGUGAACCCAAAGCUCUUUUAAUGUGAUUCCUUUUUUUUCUUUUUCUUUUUUUUUUUCUUUUAAUGAAAAUCUUCCUUUCUUGUUUUCUUUUCUGGCCCCAUCUUCCUUAUGCCAAGUCAUGGUCAGAGUGAGACUGGGGAGCAGCAAAAGAAAAAAAAAAAAAA